GAUCGCCUCCGACAUCUACAGUUUUUAUAAAAUCCCCUUUUUCUUUUUCUUGGUAGUUUCCAGUAAGGAUCGUUUACGCCUCCUUGGUAGUUUCCAGGAAGGAACGUAUUCGCUUCCCAACUUUUACAGUUUCUAUAUAAUGCCCUCUGUUUAUGCUUACUCGGAUCCAAAUUCCCUCUGCUACUGACCUGCAUCAGCAAUUCAUAUUCUUUACUCGUGUUCAGCAUUAACCAAUGGAAUCCCCAUCCUUGGCUCACCGAAGAAAUGAGGAACACUAUGCUUUCUCUGGAAUUGAACCUCCAGGGAAACGGAGGAAAGUAGACGAAUCUUCAAGAUUGUUUGAUGUUUUCAUCAAUCACAGGGGCCCUGAUGUCAAAGAAACUGUAGCCCUUCAGCUCUACAAUUCUGUUAAGCAGUUGGGAAUACAUGCAUUUCUUGAUUUGGAAGAGAAAAAGCCUGGUGAUUCAUUUCCUUCAACAAUUAAGAAUGCCAUCCACUCUGCAUCGGCCCAUAUCGCUAUCUUCUCCAAGGGAUAUGCAGACUCCCCGUGGUGUUUGGCGGAGCUAGAUCUCAUGUUGCAGACUAAAGCUAAAAUUUUUACAGUUUUUUAUGAGGUGAAACCUUCUGCACUACGCCACAUACAAAGCGGAGAGUAUGCUCAAUCUUUCGCAAGAUAUGAAGAGAAGGGGAGGUAUAGUAUGGAGAAGCUUAAGAAGUGGAAGGAAGCCCUCCAUUCUGUUUCAUUUCUUACAGGAUACGAAAUCAGCAAAAAUUUCAAUGUCAGUGACUGCCACAAUCUAGUGUCAGCUGUCGAUAAAGAAGUUCAAAGUAAAAAAUCUAUACAUGUUGCCAAAUACCCAGUUGGACUUAACAGGCUUGUGAAAGAUUUUGAAAGGCGUUGUCUUGAUCAGCUUGUGGAAGAUUUUGAAAGGGAGUGCCGGAUCAAUGAAGGUGCCGAAGAGAAGGCUCAGAUCGUCGGCAUUUUUGGAAUGGGUGGAGUCGGCAAAACAACUCUGGUCAAAGAGUUGUUCAACAGAAAGCGGUCACAAUAUACUCGAGCCUGUUUUCUGUCUGAUGUGAGGGAAGCCUAUGCCAAGUCCAACGAGAAGUUUACUUGUUUACAAAUGAAACUCCUGAAAGAUCUAUACCAGAAAGAUAAUCUCAACUUUUAUAGUGUAGAGGAAGGAACAAGUUAUAUUGGGGAUUGCAUAAGGAGGAGCAACCAGUUGAGUUUCCUAAUUGUUCUAGAUGAUAUUGAUCACUUAAAACAGUUAGAUGCACUAUUGAUUAGGGAUAUGCUGAAUAAUUCUGGCAAGAGUCUGGUAAUUGUUACGACUCGUGACGCAGGAGUGCUAAUAGAAGCAGACAUCACGGUUGGUUAUAAUUUGAAAGGAAUGGCUACAGAUGAGGCGAAAGAGCUGUUUUGUUGGCAUGCCUUUGGCCACUCUUCUCCAUCUAGUGGAUACGAGAAGCUGGUUGACCUCUUUGUUAGGGUGUGUAGCGGCUUACCGUUGUCUCUUCAGGUUCUGGGCAGUCAUGUUCAUGGCCGCAGUAAGGAGUUUUGGGAGUCAGCGUUGGAGAAAGUUAAUAGGACGCUGCAUCGAGACAUUAAAGUGACAUUAAAAAUAAGCACUGACACGUUGGACGAUGAAGAAAAACAAAUAUUCAUGGAUGUUGCAUGCUUUUUCAUUGGAGAAUCGAAGGAAAAAGCCAUCAGAAUGUGGGAGGCAUCGAGAUGGAGUGCUCGACAUGCACUGCAAAGACUAAAAGAUAAAUGUCUGGUUGAAGAAAUAAAUGAUUAUAAAAUCAGGAAAAUAGGGUUUUCUGGAUUUAGGGGACGAUACGAAGAUCCCCUGGAGGCUUCCAGAAAAGAAAUGACUGUAUUGAGAAUGCAUGACCACUUGCGGGACUUGGGACGAGAAAUGGCAGAUGACCUGAGUCAUCCUCGUCGCCUGUGGCGAUCUCAACAUCUCCAAUUUUUGGAAUCAAAGGGAUUUAAAAACAUUCUUACCAAACCCGACUUCAGGUGUUUGCAUUCUUUUAUGGAUCAGUCCAUGAAUUGCCAUAUUAAAUACUUUCUAGGGGAAUCAGACAAUACGCUUGAGCCGUCAACUGCUUUACUAUGGCUUGAGCUUAGUCAUUCUCAGCAUGCAAUCACAAACAUUCCUGCGUGGAUUCCUCUUCAAAAUUUGCAAUCUUUGAAGAUCAAAGAUAGAAGUCUGGAAGGAUUGUGGCAGGAUAAUGAACAGGCACCCUUGGCGCUAAAAGAGCUGAGUAUCUAUAAUAUCGGCCAGUUGGAGGAGUUAAGCUUGGGCCUUCUGCGCCAUCUCGAAGUACUUGUAAUUUGUAAUUGUCAUCAUUUGAAAAGUGUGACUGGAAUAUCUGCUCUUACAAAGCUAGUGAUUUUAAAAAUUAUAAACUGUAGGGAGCUUCAGAUGUUAGAUCUUCCACAAUUUAAUUGUCUAAAAGAAAUCAUAAUUAAAGGUUGUGGGCAUUUGAAAAGUUUGACAGAAAUAUUUGAUCAUACAGAGCUAAAAUAUUUGGAUUUUACAAACUGUGGGGAUCUUGAGAAGUUAGAGCUUCAGAAGUUGGAUCUUCCUCCAUCUAGUUGCCUAAAAAGAAUUAGGAUUGCUGGUUGUGGUCAUUUGAAAAGUGUGACUGGAAUAUCUGAUCUUACAAAGCUAUUGAUUUUGGAAGUUAGAAACUGUGGGGAGCUUGAGAAGUUAGAUCUUCCUCAAUUUAAUUGUCUAAAAGAAAUUAUUAUUAAUGAUUGUGGUCAUUUGAAAAGUGUGACAGGAAUGUCUGAUCUUACAGAGCUAGAACAUUUGAGAUUUGAGAACUGUGGGGAGCUUGAGAAGCUAGAUUUUCCACCAUUUAGUUGUCUAAGAAGAAUUAGAAUUAAUGGUUGUGGUCAUUUGAAAAGUGUGACAGGACUAUCUAAUCUUACAGAGCUAAAAGAUUUGUACAUUGGUAAUUGUGGGAAAGUUGAGGAUCUCAGUCUUGUUCGACUCAACUGUGGAGAAGAAAUUAGCAUUCAUAACUGCAGCCAACUGAUAAGUGUGACCGCAUCUAAUCUUCCAAAGCUAAUCGAGUUGAAGAUUACUGAAUGUGAACAGCUUGAGGAGUUGAAGAUUGAUAAAUGUAAAAAGCUUAAGAAGUUAAGACUCGUUCCAUUCAGCACUCAGAUUUGUGAUUUUAAUUUUGAAGUUCCCAGGCUGAAGAGGAUUGAACUGAAAGGUUGCAAAAAUUUGUUGAGUGUAGCUGGAAAAUGUUCGAAACUUGUAAAAUUGAACAUUUAUGACAGCCCCAAGCUGCGCAAAAUACCAGAUAUGGACAUAUGGCAUUUAAUGGAAAGAGUGCAGCUCUUAUAUUGCAGCAAUGAGACAAUUCGGAAGUAUCUUCUCGAGAUGAAGAUGCUACCGUCAAAAUUUAUCACAGUAAUUGGUCAAGCAAAAGAUGGGGCGGAGUCAACUGUCAACGCAAAUCUGUUUUGCGACCUUGAUACCGCCAAAUCACUCAUCCAAAUUGGUACCAGGGACACGUGGAAUCAUCUCGGGAGACAUGUGGUGGGCGCAAUCAUUUUAUGCGCUGUGGUUGUGGUCAAUACUUGUGCUGCAGCACAGACGAUGAAUGAGCUAAUUAGGGAAUGUGAUGUUAAUCCAUGGCUGAAAUGUGAGGUUCGCCAAGGCAAAUGGAUAAUUACCUCGCUAACUAGCAACCGAGAUGAAAUAAAUAAGUUGAUUGAUACUGAGGGUAAAUGCUUUCCCUUUGAUUACCAUUGUUUCCCCGAAGAUGUAAUGGUGAAAAGUGUGACCAUGCCCGUGAUUGUAGGUGAAGAACAUAAAGUUCUGAAUGUUCUACGUAGAAUUGUUGAUGAGUUGUAUCACAAGUAAAGUACAAUUUAUGUUAGUCUUGGUU